AUGCCACCGAAAGCUCUCCAGGGUCGUGUGUUCGACUUGUGCCGCCACUUCCGGGCGCUCCCUACGGAACUACAAGGCGACGUGAGUCGAAUUCGAGCCCAUCUGUCGUCGCCCGAGGUGAAGGAGCAUCUUUUCACGCGCUCUACCUUCCCUAAAGUGUCCGGAGACGCUCUCCUACGUGUCAUCAACGGAGAACUCGAACAGGAAUCAAAAAGUCAUUCUCCGGCUUACGCUGCCAAAGUGGCGGGUGGUUUGGUGCAAAGCGGCUUUUUGACGCCUAAAAAGAGCUCAAAUCUCUUGGAAAACUUUGAUUUUGAGACCAAAAACUCGGAAUUCUUGGGAGUUGGCAAUGAACUUGCAGAUGCCAAGGCCACGUCGGUCUGGAGCGCCAAAGAGGGAGCUAUACAAGCAGGAACUCUGUAUCGCAAGAAGGAGGGAUUCUUGGCCAAGUUGUUAGGUAAAAAGGAACCAUUCUACGUAGUGACCAACGACCAGAACAAGGCUGUGUACGUCUUUGAGUCGGAUGUGGCCUUCGAAGCCCUUAAUGAGAUUGAUAUGGCCAGCGAUGCCACAGUGGAAUUUAGUGAUGAUAUGCAACACGGUAUCAAACUGGCAAACCCAGAAAUCACCGAGAUCUUCUCCGCCGAGAGCAAGGAGAAGCAGGAGGAGUGGCUCAACUCGUUCAUUAACGCCGGGGCGCAGUACCGCGAGAAGCACGAUGUAAACGGUGCGACGGCGCGUCCGGUGUUCACGUACUUGAAGACGAAGCUGCCUGGUUCGUUCGGUGACUUUGUGAAGUGGAACUUCACGAAGUUCCUGGUGGACCGCAACGGCCAGCCGUACAAGCGUUUUGCUCCGAAGGACCGUCCGCUGUCGUUCGAGGAGGACAUUAAGACGCUGUUGGCGCAGAAGCCGACGGAGGAGUGA